AUGAAAGUAAGUGAAAGCCUCAUAAAGCUUGAUAUUCUGCGUAAUGACACUGAGCUAGAAUUUUCCGUUGUUUAUGGACCACCCAAAAUUAUAUGUGAAAACUCUAAUGACAAUAUUUUAUUAAUACUAGACUCGUCCUUUAAUCCUCCUCAUUGGGGUCAUUAUACGCUAAUAGAAAGGGCAAUUCAAUUAUAUAGCCAGGACUCUAAUGUUGAAGUUCACGUUUUACUACUGCUAUCCAUUCAGAAUGCCGAUAAAGGUGAGAAACCGGCAACAUUUGAUAAGCGAAUUGACAUGAUGCAUCUAUUAUCCCAAUCUUUGCAAGAUAAAUUUUCGAACUUAACACCCACAGUGGCUAUCUGUAAAUCUGCAAGAUUUGUUGAUAAGAGCAACGGUGUUAGGAAGGAAAUGUUUACGGCUGGAAAGAUUGUUUAUUUACUAGGCUUUGACACCAUAACAAGAGUUCUAGAUCCUAAAUACUAUCUUCCUCAAACUUUGAAGGAAGCAAUGACAGAAUUUAUGUCACAAACUGAGUUCUUCUGUCUAACUAGGGGCGAAGAAGGUCAAAAUAAUUCACAAGAUAUUGCGAAACAAGCCAAAUAUGUUGAGAGCAUCUCAAACGGAGAUUGUGAACCUAUUAUUCCGAGGAAAUGGGGUUCAAAAAUUAAAAUUGAGGUAAAUGAGAAUGAAUAUUGUUCAAUUUCUUCAUCUUCCAUUAGAAAAGAUUUAAUUUGUCGAGAAUAUAGAGCAGUGGAAAAGAAGUUACCUAAUAGAAUUCUAGAAUAUAUUAAGAUCAGUGAUGAAAAAGCUAAAUCAUCAAUAUUUAUUUAA